UCCGCCCUAGCGCCGUUGCCGGGGGCAACGGUCCCAUCUGGCCGGAGUGGCUGGCGGUAGCGCGGUGGCGGCCUCUGCGGAUGGACAUCGUGGGAGGAGGUUGGCAAGGGAAACUUUCAGAAGAACUAGAUGCUGGAAAACCUGGCCUGGUGGUCGGGCUUUCCCUCGGACCCACAGAAUGGCCGGGGCCGAGUCCUCUCCUGAGCUUCAGUUACAAAAAAAUAAAGGUAGCUGUCAAUGUGCCAGUGUCCUCCGCUUCCUCUUUACCACGUCCUUCCAGCUAAAAGCCAGUUAAAAAAUGGCUUCCAUAAGAAGAACCGGCCAUCCCGCGCGCAAUGUUUUUGGUGAUUUUAGUGAUAUUUCCUUAGAAGAUUCAAAAAUGGAAGAAAUCAGAACCUUGAAAAUCAGUAGAAGUCUUACCAAAAUAGCACCCGCUCAUAGCAGAUUUCUAAAAGGAAACCAAACCAUGGGUGUAGAACACUCACUUCUGAGAGAGAAGGCUGUUGUGGAGGGUGGGCACAAGCUCUCCUCAGGGAGACCCCCGACCACUGCCUCGAAGCUCAGGGCCAGCGCCGCACUCACAAAGCUGGCUCAGAUAGAAACCAAGAUCAUGAAUCGGAAGGCGAAGAUGGAUUUGUCUGACAUGGAAUCCGACCUGAAGACCUCUGAGGACAGUCUUCCAGAGCGCACAGACACAGUCCCCCCCGGGAGUACAGUCAAACUUUCUCCACACAACCUGGAUGAAACCUCCCAGAAACAAGCCUGGGAAGUUUCCAUGGCCGAGAGCAAUGCGCGGAAUGGGAGGGUCAGUAGGUUUCUAAAGAGGAGGGAACCACGGGUUGAAAAUACCUUCCCUAAAGCACAUUUUGGAAAAGAGAGGAAUUUUCAAACACCCAAAGAGAAAAAACCUACUAGAAAACUAGAUUCUCCAGACAGCGAUGAGGAGGAAAUGAAAGAGUUGCUGGGAAGCUUGCUAGAAUCUCCUAGAGAAAAAGAAACAUACACGAAUCGGUGUUUCGGCAGCCCCAAAGUCAGUGAGAAAGAACAGACAAAACUGUCCUCGGAUCAGAUCCCAACUCAGCCAAGAAUCCUUUCGCUGCCCAGUGAGGAACUUUCCAGCCCAAAGUCAUUUCGGACAUCACCUCUGCCAGCCUCACCGUCCGCAGACGGGACCCUUCGCAGCGUGCGCUCAAGAGCUCACUCCUCACAGACUCACACUUCAGGGGACACAGCUGCCCACACGGCAUCGCUUUCCAUCACUGGCACCUCUCCAAAGUCAGCCUCGAUGGUGCAGCAUGACAAGUUCUCCUCCUCCCCUGGAAGGAGUGAGGCUGGGCCAUGUGAUGAGUCCCUCUCAGAAGCUGCUGAUGACAGCCUGAACGAUUUUCGAAUCAAUCUUUUAUCCCUUGAUGAUCUGGCUCCAGCUGUCAGCGAGAACUCAGACUUGGAACAGAAAAAAGAAGGCCAGCGGGAAAAGGCAUCCAGCCAAAGCCCCCAGGCCGGGGGUCCCCCCACCGGAAGUGAGGUCUCCGAGUGCCUGAGUGAGCCGUCGGUCUCCUCCGCUGAGCCUGAGGGUGCUUCCAGCCCGAGGCCGAAGUCUCAGGAGCCCACGGCGAGCACGGACGCCAGACACUUUGUCAGACUUCUCUGCAAGCCUGCAGCCAGACCUUCCCCUGCCAACACUCAAGCCUUGGAAGAAGCAGGUCAGGGACGUUACGAGAGUCCUCAUGAAGGAGACGGCUGUGCAGACCCUCGAGCCCGCCUUCACCUACCAGUGGGCAGAGGGGGCCGGCAUUGCGGCCAUUGGGCCCGCCCUGGGAGGUGCCUACGUGGACCCCGUGCCCAUUGCCAGUCACGUCGUCAGCGCGGACUCGAUAGAAGGAUCCUGGACGACAGACUGAGUGUCCGAGAACCUUCGGUCUGUUUUGCCAAAGGACACCCGUGUCGGAUAAAACAGGGAAGUUAUGAGUAACACAACUCUGAGCCCUCCACCCCAGCCAAGCUGUUCCUGCGUGUCCCUCCCCUCCCCCCCCCCCCCCCCCCCCCCCCCCCCCGCCACGCCUGUGUGUCCAGAAUCCAUAGUAGUUUUUCCCCCCAAAGACACUCAGCCGGUGCUGAGAGGCAGCCAGCCCAGUAGCCACGGGCCUUGGUGCCUUGCCGAGCCCGGGGAGUGCCAGGGUCCCGGGCGGCCCGGCCCGGCCUGCGGUGGGGGAGGCCCAGGCUCCGUCAGGUCCUCACAGGGCCACUGACCACUUGAGGGACACAAACGGGUCCAUCUAGUACCUCUUACGUUUUCGCGCUUUCCAAUUUUUUUUAAAGAUGAAGAUACUAAAACACACUGGUUGUAACCACAGAAUUGUUUAUAUCCUUUCAAAAAACUCUCCCGUUCAGCUGUCACCCCCGAGCUUGUUCUCUGUAGUUACGCAGCCUUCCAAUGAUCCUUUCGAACACUUGCACAGCUUCCAUUCUUCAGUGUAUUUUGAGUUUAAUGGAAACUUUUUUAUUUUUAGUUUUAGUUUUAUUUUAGUUUUGUGUUUAAAAACACGU